CUCUUUCUAUGACGGCCAUCUCUCUCUCUCUCUCUCUCUCUCUCUCUCUCUCUCUCUCUCUCACACACACACACACACACACACUCUCACACACACACUCUCUCUCUCUCUCUCUCUCUCUCUCUCUCACACACACACACACACACACACACACACACACACACACGAAUAUGAUAUUUAGCGGCAGAAUUAUAAAGUAAGAAAGAAAAUAAUUGCACUAAUCAGCCAGACUUUACAAUUAGGUAUUUAAAGCUGCCGUGAAACUCCUAAACAGAGAGUAAGCGGAGGGGGGACGCCCGCAAUGUGGCCUAGUAUCUUAACGAGAAAGGGUGUGAGAGGGAGUCAGAUUGCAAACCCGACUUGGAGAAGAUAAGGGUGCGAGUGUAAAUAUUCCCUGGUGAGGGGGAACCGACAGACGCAUGCUGCUGCUGCCGCCACACGAUCAGAAAACGGAAUGAGCACAAAAGGUAUCGAUCGCCUGUGUUGGUGAGGCUGUCGAGACGCCUCUUUUUUCCUUCCUGCCAAGCAAUCGAGGAAAGGCAGAGCAAUGAUACCAGCGACGCAUGCAACCGGGCGAGGUGCACAGGGUUGUGCUUGGCCUCGGAGUUACACGGCUGCGUAGCGCUCGGCUCUCAGCCCGGCGUCGCCUUCAUUCGUAUAGAUCCACGCGUUCUCCUGCGAGGGCUUUUCUCUCCCCCUCCUAUAAAUAAAGAGACGGGGAGGGGGAUUUGUAGGAGUAGCAACAACGAGUGAUGUCAGCUCUCGCCUAAAAUAGAGAGGGAUAGACUGCAAGUCCACAGUUAAACCUUCCAAUCCAGCCUCAGCCAACACCAUGGCAAUGUGAAGUCACCCACCACCCCUCACACAUACAGCCCCCCUUGCCUUUUCUCUCUCCCCCCCGUCUCUCUCACACACACACUCGCAUUCACACUGCGCUCCAUCGCCCGUCCUCCGAAUGAGCGCAGAAAGCAAAGGAUCCUAACGGAGGUACCCACGCUGGCCGAGGCCCUGGGCAUCCAGUUCCUGCUGAUCGUCUUCUCUCUUCGCACCCCCCCCCCCUUUUUAAGCCCCCGCUCUCUUUUUCCGCCACUACCCAUCUCUCCUGAAGACAUUCAGGCUUCUGGAAGGCGUUGGGAAACCUCAUUGCGAGGCGGCGGCAGCGGCAGCGGGGCUUCGAUCUCAAGAGGAGCCGAGCUCCGUGGAUGAUCGCCUUCCGGAGCCUGGAGGAUUAUACAGGGCAAGAACUCGAGGGGUUCUCCGACGCCUAGAGAGCACAAAAAGAAGACGACUUUCCCCACCUGGCCACCGGCCACGCGCUGUGGAAACCCUUGGAUUUCUUGAGACGCCGAGACAGGAGGGCUUGCACCGGACCAUGGCGUCGGCCGAAGGUGCCAACAACAUGCCAAAGCAAGUAGAAGUGCGAAUGCAGGAAAGCCACCUGAGCCCAGUGGAGCCUCAACAGAAUAACCUAUGUGUGCGGAUCUGUCUUUCGCUCAGGAAAAAUCUGCUCCUUUCACUUACGGUAUCUGGUGUCAUCCUGGGUGCAUUAUUUGGGGCUCUUCUUCGUAUGGCAGCACCUAUUAAUCCUGAUGUCAUCAUGUUGAUAGCCUUCCCAGGAGACAUCCUGAUGAGGAUGCUAAAAAUGUUGAUUCUUCCUUUAAUUAUCUCAAGUUUAAUCACAGGUCUGUCUGGCUUGGAUGCUAAGGCUAGUGGUCGAUUAGGAACAAGAGCUAUGGUUUACUAUAUGUCCACAACGAUCAUUGCUGCUAUAUUGGGAGUUAUUCUGGUCUUAGCCAUUCAUCCAGGCAAUCCAAAGCUCAAGAAGCAGCUGGGAGAAGGAAAGAAGAACGAUGAAGUGUCCAGUCUUGAUGCUUUUUUGGAUCUUAUCCGAAACUUGUUCCCCGAAAACCUUGUACAAGCAUGCUUUCAGCAGAUUCAAACAGUCACCAAGAAAGUGAUUGCUCCUCAAGCGACUGAAGAACCAGCCAAUGUUACAGACUCCAUCUAUGCCAUGAUGAAUGAAACAGAAGUCACUCCAGAACCUCAGCUGAUCAUUAAGAAGGGCCUCGAAUUUAAGGAUGGUAUGAAUGUCUUAGGUCUCAUUGGGUUUUUCAUUGCUUUUGGUAUUGCAAUGGGCAAGAUGGGAGAGCAAGCCAAGAUGAUGGUGGAUUUCUUCAAUAUCUUAAAUGAGAUUGUAAUGAAGUUGGUAACAAUGAUCAUGUGGUAUUCUCCACUGGGCAUUGCCUGCCUCAUCUGUGGAAAAAUCAUUGCAAUCAAGGACUUGGAAGUAGUUGCUAGACAACUCGGAAUGUACAUGGUAACUGUGAUCAUAGGCCUUGUCAUCCAUGGAGGGAUCUUCUUGCCUUUGUUGUACUUUGUAAUAACAAGGAAAAAUCCCUUCCCAUUCUUUGCUGGAAUCUUUCAGGCAUGGAUUACUGCUCUAGGCACUGCUUCAAGUGCUGGUACACUACCUGUCACUUUUCGCUGCCUUGAAGAAAACUUGGGCAUUGAUAAACGUGUGACAAGAUUUGUCUUGCCAGUUGGGGCCACUAUUAACAUGGAUGGGACUGCUCUUUAUGAAGCUGUGGCAGCCAUCUUUAUAGCACAGAUGAAUGGAGUUGUGUUGGAUGGUGGACAGAUAGUCACUGUCAGUCUGACUGCUACGCUUGCGAGUGUUGGAGCUGCAAGUAUACCCAGUGCAGGACUGGUGACCAUGCUUCUCAUCCUCACCGCAGUGGGUCUUCCCACACAGGACAUCAGCUUACUUGUUGCUGUAGAUUGGCUCUUAGAUCGAAUGAGAACAUCUGUCAAUGUUGUGGGGGACUCAUUUGGAGCUGGCAUUGUCUAUCACCUCUCCAAGGCAGAAUUGGAAAACAUUGAUGCCCAUCACAAAGGACACGAAGAUAUUGAAAUGACCAAGACACAGUCAAUUUAUGAUGACCUGAAAAACCACAGGGAAAACAACUCAAAUCAGUGUGUUUAUACAGCCCACAACUCUGUCAUAAUAGAUGAAUGCAAGGUAACCCUGGCAACAAAUGGCAAAUCUGCAGACUUCAGUGCUAUUGACGAAGAAUCUUGGAAACAAGAGAAAUAAGGAACAAUCCAGGUCCUCAUCUAAUAAGCCCCAGAAGUUGUCUCAUGGAGGUGAAUGAAGAGGGUAACAGGUGAGAUAAGCUUCUACUUCAUUUCCUUCUCGUGUCUAAUAUUGCACCAGCACUUUGGAUGAAAGAAUUUCUUUGCUCAGAUCCAGUUUGCUACUCUGCAUAAUUAAAAGGAUCUUGCUGUUACCUCUUUGUAGAUUCUUUAUAAAAAAGAACUGAGCUUUAAAAAUGGUGAGCAUCUGCUUCACACUGUAGUCAAGGAAAAUUUAGGAUGUUGAACACCUUGCAGAUAGAAUGCUCCUUUCUAACAUCCCUUUCACUUGAAAAAUGUGCAUAGUGGUAAAAUAGUAAUUUUGUGUGUUCUUGGUAGCUUAUCUUUGUCCUUUUGUUAGUACCAUUGAAGGACUUCAGAAAAUAAUGUCAUAAGGUGAUAUCCAACAUUAAUCAUACUCAAAGCAUAUCAUUGAAAUCAAUGUACUCAAGGGCAUUUAUUUCAGAGGGUCUACGCUGAGUACAACUAAGUUUGGGUGUCACAUAUAGAUUUCAAGGGAAACAGGAUGGGGUUUGAUCUUUGCUACUGGCAAUUCCUGCCAUUCUUUGAUGUUUCAGUUGAUUUUCAUAGAACUUCUUGAGUAAUUUAUAUCUGUACAAGUAAAUUUAUUGAGUGUGGAGAAGGAGCCAGACUCUUGCAUAUCCCUCUUCAUUUAAGCACUCCUGUCCUUAGCAAACUGGAAUUCCUCCUCCUCCUCCCCCCUUUUCCUCUUCUCCCCUCUCAGUUGGAUCUCCUUUUAUCUCUUCUACUAAAUGUUUCACGUGUACAUCUCUAGUUUCUCAAGAUUUUUCUUCUUACCCAGAAUUGACCCUGGACCUGGACAUCCAUCAUCUUUCCCUUGGUCAUUAUUGUGGUGCCUGCUGUGUCACAGCUACUAAACAUUUUCUAUAUAACCACUAUAGCUCUGUAACUUCGUCUCCAAUGCUCUGCUUUUUUCUGUGUAGAGAGAAAACCUUAUGAUGUCGGAAAUUCAGUGGGCUGAGAAGGGAUUCAGCGGCGUACAUGGGAAAGAUAGGGAAUAAGAGAUAGUUGGUCCUCCAAAUGUAAUGCAAACAUUAAAAAAUGAAGUGGAAUGAUGACAGUCUUUCAGCAUUACUACUCAACAUUUGCCACAAGCCCACAACUACUUUUCACCACUCUUCUAUGGGGUUGCAUCUUUACACAUCAGUCAUCAAUUGGAGUUAAAAUGGCUUGAAUCCAACUUAAUAUGCACAUGUGUGGUUAUCCAUUCACCUGUGAUAGUAUUGCAUUCAUUCUGAUAAAGGAGAUGUGUGCCAAAUCCUUAAUCAGAUCCAAGUCAAUCUGCCUGCUUUUUGAUUAAUGAAAGAAACUUCUAAGCCACCAAACACACUCUCUGUUGUCUUGCAGAAGCAUUAAUCAAUGGAAAGGUAAAGAGACUGUGUUAUCCAACCCAGUAUUUGCCAACUCUACAUUUUUAAUAUUGUAUCUCACCUAUUGCUGGAGUAGUAUGUUUAUUACAUUUUUUAAAAAGCAAAAAGUAGAUAUGUGGGGCUUUUAUGUAUCUAGGAAUUCCCAUUCCUUUAACUGGAAGAAUCUGGUUUACUCUUUCAAAGUUGAUCUGUUGCUGGACCUGGAAGAUUAUUUGGAAUUAGGUUCCUUUUCAGUCAGUGGCACACACCCUUUAGCUAAUACCUUUAUGAUCAGGGUGUAGAAUAACAACAUAUUCUUAAAUAUCAUAAAAUAAAGAUUGCUUCAUACACAUUUAUUUAAGAUGAAGAAAAUGGGCACACUUUUUCAUAUGGUGAGGCUUUCAUGUUAACGUCAUACAAUACUUCACAGGAAUUUUUAAUUGAUCUUCUACAGCUUUGAAAGCUUAUUUGCAAAGCUUGAUUACCAGUUGAUUUUUCCCGUCAGUACUGUAGACUUCAACAUUAUAUUUUUUUAACUCUUCCAAGCUUCUUCUUCAAACUUCCUUAUGAGUACUACAACAAAACAUUUCCUUCCUUCUUUUCUUCCUAGUGUGAACUGUAAUUUAUGGAAUGCAUGAGGAAAAUAUAUAUUUCUACUUCUAAAUAUAUCUUCAGUACCCAUGUAGGCAUUUUUCAUACCGUUGUCCAGCAGCCACAAACAACAGUGAAGACUGAAUUAACAAAUUAUUAUUUUCUUAUAUUGUUUACAGACAUACCAAUAUUUUGUUAUACAAUGUUGUAAGACUGAAAGAAAGCUACAAUCUUUACUGGGAAUCCAUA